AUGAAGAAGUCUUUAUUAUUAGAUGAGGAACUACAUUUAUCAUUAAAUGAAGAGUCAUAUUUGUUAUUGAAUGAAGAGCCGAACUUGUUAUUAAAUAAACCUUUAGAUAACGUAUCUUCUUUAAAUGAAGAAUCAUCUAAUAUAUUUACUCAAAGUACCAAAAGAAAAAUUAGUAGUUUAAGAAAUUCUAAUACUAAAAAAAAACCUAAACCGGGAAAGAGUUGGUUUGAAAUAGCCAAAGAAAAAAAUCCUUCGCUUAAUGAUAAAGAUAUCUCAGUUCUAGAUCCAAUAUCCAAUAACACCUUGCAAAUAGAUUUUACAAAAGACAAAGAAAGAAAUAUUGGAAAUUUUGCUAAAACGUUAGAAAUUUUAUUUCUUAAUAAAGAAGAAUUGUUGGGAAUUCAAGAGUUAGUUGAGUUGCUAGAUCCUUUUGCACAUGUUACAACUAUAAUAGGCAGAGAUCAUUACUCUAUCUUUUCAAUGAUGUUAUCACUAAUUAAAGUAUUACAAGAAUAUUUAUUCAAAAAAGAAGCAACACUUAGUCAUCCAAUUGUUCGUAAUAUUCGUGAUGAGAUAGAACUUUCAUUUGGGGAUCGCUGGAAUGAACCAGAGGUAGAAGGAUAUAUUGCUACUAUUCUCGAUCCAAGAUUUAAAGAUUUAAGCUUUGAACCAAAAAAACUAGAAUUAAUUAAAAAGAAUUAA